CCUCAAUGCCAUGCGCAUCCACUUCCACACUCUCGGUAUUUUUGCCGCCUCAUCUUGUUGCCGCCGUCCUGUCUCUCCGCCGUUAUUUUUAUAUCUCGGUUGCAGCUAUAUUACUGGGUAGUUCUAUUCAUCCUAAAUCCACAAUUCCACUUCAUCCGCUGGUGUUACCCGCCGAGCCUGGGCUAGCUAAAGCGUAGACUUGCAUAGCUGUAGCGCAUACGCUGCCCCAUUCCCACGCGCUGCCCGCCAAGAACCACGUUGUUCGGCCCCAUCUCUAUUCAAUCACAUGAUAUGGAUUCCCAGACACGCAAAAAAUUCGCAAAGCCGCCGGUGAAGCUCGCUUGCUUGUCGUGUCGGAGCUCCCGCAUAAGAUGUGACGGGAAGCAAGAUUGUUCAAAGUGCUUGGAAAAGGGGAAGGAGUGUCUAUAUACUCGAAGCAAACGAGGCGGGCCCCGUGUUUCCCUACAUGGCCGGCGCUCAAAAGAAAAGCCGCGGAUAUCUACCGCCGACAUCCUCAAGCAGGAGUCUCCCCUAUCAGUCCCAGAGCAAUUUUUAGAAGCGUCUAUCAUCUCCGACACUGGCGUUGGCCUCCGGCAGAUCGACGAAUUCUCUGGGGAGGACGUCGUGCUUUCCGACGCCCAGACCAAUGCGGGCGCGCCAUUAUAUGGCAUAGAUCAGUUGAACCAGGUGCAUGGUUUCUCUGGCAUGCAAUUCGAUCCACUCGGGGACAGUGAAAGCAGUGCCUGGGAUAGCUUCAACAGUGCAUCCCUUACAAGUGGAUCUGACGAGAACACGAGUGACGUACGAACCUAUGAGACUGAUGCUGAUAUACUAGAUGCGUAUUAUGUCUACUGCCACGCCUAUUUCCCGGCUCUGCCACCCCCAAUCCGGCCACCGGUUGAUCGGCCCGUGGCGCUUGGAAGUCUUACAGGUGGCUAUGGACCCAGUACACCGCUUCCACUCGCACUCUCGGCAAUGCUUGCUCUCAUACCUCUCCCCGACGACCCUGAUCCAAAGGGCGAGAACUCAACUUGGAACCGCAGGAUCCAGGCCCAUAAAUUUGCACAGGCGGCUUUUGAAGCGCUCGAUAAUGAGACUGAGCUUGUUGACUCGAUUAUCAACCCCAAGGAUGCUCUUUCUAAUGGAAGUCCGCGCACAUAUCGAGCACCCUUCCAUCAGGAUCUACCAUUGGACCUAGAAUCCAAUGUGGCGCUAAUGAUACUGAGUAUCUAUGAAUAUGGCCAACGAGGAAACAUGAAGAAGAUGCUGAAUCGCUCCGGACAGUCAUUGAUGCUGGCAUUGGAAGCCAAGCUAUACUCGCCAAUAGUGGACCAGUUUGUCGAAGCAAGGCGCCGAGUCUGGUGGGCAACUUACAUCAACGUUUGCGAGGUCGCAACUAUAAGCGGCACUGAAACUGCAAUUGAUAUCCGGGACCCAAAAUAUUCUCUGCCUUAUCCGACCCUCGCUGCAGACCCCGAGGCCAUUCCAUUUUUCGUCCAAUGCCAGUACGCGAUUUUAGAUGCGUCAAAAUAUACCAACGACCUCGGCAAGAUUAUUGAGAAUGGUGGUGACUUAUCAGUCCUGUAUAUGCGCACGCUCGAUAUGGAAGCAAGGCUGGAAAGUCUCAGUCAGAUAGCAGACGCUUGGUUCGAUAAAACACCAUGCAACAUGCCGGUUACUUCCAGCGAAGCGGUUGUGGCGAAGUCUCUCCGAUUAAUGGGACGUGUUAAGAUAAAUAGUGCGCGGAUCAAAAUCCAUCGCUACCCUGCAUUUAUGAACACUCCGAUAUUUACAAAGCUACACUGUGGGCUGCAACCAACUACGUCCAAUAGCACCCCCGUCCUCGCCUCGAACAGCCCGAGCGUCGAUAUAUCUCACGAUCCCUCCAGGCAAUUACAGCCCGGGCAGUCAUCCAGCAGCCUGACCCAUGCCAGCACUGGAGGUCGUCCCCCACCCAUCCUGUCGCCACCAGGUGACUCGCAGCUUCCAUUCAGCGCCCUUUACUCGACGAAUAUCGCCCGCAAAGCCGCCCUGGACAUCUCCGAAACCCUACACGCACUCCCCUAUCCCAACCCCUCUGGUAUGGUUGACCCCGCUGGCCUCCUAAGCACCCCGCUGAGCGCCCUGCCGCCCCGCACAAUGCCCACAUUCAUGUGCUGCGCCCUCAUGGGCGCUUAUGCUCUUACGUUGCUCAUAUACAAGCUGCGCAACGGGCAGCUGGAGUCCCCAAAUUCAGAGAUCACCCUUGCGCUCUCGCCUUAUGAGGGUGCACUUCGCCACGGUCUGGGGCGUAUUUUAAGCGGGCUGGAAAAUUAUGCGAGUGCUUUUGAGGCUGUAGAUGGAAUGAGAGAAGAGGUCGCCAAGGCCUUCAAGGUUUCGUUGGUUGAGUCGCUGAGCGAACCGAAUAACCGCAUGAAUUGGGACCCCUAUUACUCUGGAUUGAAUUAACCCGGUUUACCUCAACGAAACCGUGUUCGUGGUUCUAACUCAAUGCUACCUCCAAAAGUCCCGCAAAAUGUAUUAGCUGGCGUUAGUUUCAUUUCAUACUUACUAUACGAUGUGUUAACGAGAUGGGUUCAGAUAUCUAGGAAACAGCCUAUUCCCCUCAUUGUUAUGUAUGAAGCACAUAUCAACAAAACAAGCCACUGACUGUAUUUACCCACUUUGUGCCUAAAGGAAGAGAUAUACGAAAAACAUAUUUUGUAGAGAAAAUUACCCUUGCCAUCUGAGAAUAUAACCCUCUUUCCGAGGCACAAUGUCUUUUGGCUCUAUUCAUAGCUAUAUACAAUGG